AUGAUCGAAAUGACGAGCACAAUCUCUACCACUCUCGACACAACACCAACAGACUCUGUGGUGUCACAGGGUGUCGUUCAUCUGGGAGCGCCGGGAUUGAGCCAAAGUGCGCCGGCAAGUCCCCGGCUUUCUCCAAUUAUCCCCAAAAAAGAGCCCAUUGAUUACGUGAAAGGUUCAGCCGGGAUGUUCAACAAUAUUCUCACCUCAUGCUUUGGCUCGUUUUUCCCAAUCUUCGGAGCAAAGAAGGGCGAUUCGAUAGCUUCAUAUUCUGGAGAUGAUUGGGAGAUCCCGUUCGAAUCGAUCACCAAUCUUGAAUGGCUGGGUGCUGGAUCUCAGGGUGCCGUUUUCUCGGGUCGCCUAAACGCGGAAACGGUUGCGGUGAAAAAAGUGAAAGAGUUGAAAGAUACGGAGACAAAACAUUUGCGAUAUCUUGAUCAUCGGAAUAUCAUUAAAUUUAUGGGUAUUUGCACACAAGCCCCAUGUUUUUGCAUCGUGAUGGAGUUCUGCUCAAAUGGACAACUCAAUGAGCUAUUGAAAAGCACCGAGUUGACGCCGUCAAAGCGAUGGGUGGAUAUGGCUCAACAGGUGGCGAGUGGAAUGGAGUAUCUGCAUAGGAACAAAAUCGUGCAUCGAGAUCUCAAAUCGCCAAACAUCUUGGCGGCCGGUGAUGGAACGAUGAAGAUCUCGGAUUUUGGCACCUCUCAAAAGUGGAACAAAAUGAACAGCGCUUUGAUGUCAUUUUGUGGAACGGUCAGUUGGAUGGCUCCGGAAAUGAUCAAAAAGGAUCCGUGCUCGGAAAAGGUCGAUGUUUGGUCAUUCGGUGUCGUUUUAUGGGAGAUGAUCACUUGUGAGCAACCGUAUCAAGGAAUCGAUUCAAUGGCCGUUCUUUGGGGAGUUGGAUCAAACAAACUCUCCUUGCCACUCCCCGAGAGAAUUCCCGAUGGUUUGCGGAUGCUCGUUCAACAGUGUUGGUCACAAAAAGCACGAAAUCGUCCUUCUUUCCAAGGAAUUCUUCAACAUCUAUACAUUUUGGCGAAUGAGUUGGCUUAUUGGGGAGAAGAGGAGUGGUUGACUAGAUAUUCAAUGUGGAGAGAAGAGGCAAAGGCCAUUAAAUAUCCGGAGACUCUUCAAGGACAUCCAGGGAAUCUUCGAGAACAUGAAGAACAAGAACAAGUGCGUAAACGAAAAGAAGAGCUGAAACACGCUCAGGAUAUCCGUGUCAUGUAUGAGACAAAAUUUCGGCGAUGCAACAAAAUGUAUCAAAAGCUCACGACAUUGCUCGAGGAGUUGGAAGUUCGAGAGAAUGAGGGAUCUUUCUCUGGACGGGGAGCUGUCGUUGUGAGAGCUGGACCAAAAACGCAUAAAGGAGAAGCGACAGCUAAUGUCUUCACCACAGCUGUACCCCAUCCGUCAUAUUAUGGCGCUGGCAUGUACGGAGAAGAGAUGUCCUCGAGUGAUGACGAGGUGCCGUCACCGGAUUUGAACAGGGGAUCUCCAUAUCGAUGCAGCCAAGCUAGCAGCUGGUCCGGUCAUCCAUCGUUCUCCCGCCAAUCCUCCGUUCGCUCAUCGCAAGGUCCGCGUCCAGUUCGCCCCUCUCCCAAUCGGCCUCAAAAUUUUUCGAAUUCACCCAACUUGAUUCGUGAAGCCGCCAUCCGACAAUCCGCAUCGUCUCAUUGUGGGGAUUUCUCGCGGAACUCGCCGGCAAGACACUCGGGUUUGAGUGAGGAUUCUGGGAUCCAGAUGUGGCCAUCGCGCGUGAACAGUUGUGGAUUGUUGUCGGAGACGGGUGCUGGACAACCGGCUUGCUUCUCGCAAAUGAUCUACAGACAUGGAGAAGGACGAUGGUCGGAUGGAUCGGCGAGAAGAAGAAUGAAGAAAAGUCGAGAUAAUUUCAGGAGAGACUCGCCGGCACGUGUGCCACAAGUGAGAGCCAAUCGGGACAAAGACAAGCGCGCCUCGUGCCCGGCUGCUGCCGAACGAGACCCAUCAGUGGCCAGCCAACGAUCCGACACUGUCUACGAUAACUGUGACAGAUCAGCAAGUGUCGCUCCCUCGUCCUCGUACGAAGAAGCUCUAGCCGCAUUCGGCUCUUCGCCCACAAUGCCCACUGUUCAUCACUCGACCUCAACCCUUGCUCCACCCACACAAACGGCAACACUCACCAUCAAUAAUCAGAUCGCAUACACGGCUGUGAAUGGAUAUACGAAUCCACUGUACUCAUCACCGGUCUCCACAUACGAGAACCCACUAGCCGAGAACCCGAAUCUUCUACGCGUCGAUCAAAACAUUGACUUAGCUUCGUCGAUGGAUAGCAACAAUCCCAUGCCAACUCAACGGAGAAAUUCGGAUGCAAGCGAUGAGAGCAGCUCGUCGGAAGAAGAGCAACAGGACAAUCGAAAUGGAAAUCUUUUCGAGUCGAGUUUGGACUCGGAUCGAGCUGGGAAAACGUUCCAAAGGGAGCGAACGACGAGUGAUGAAGAGAGGAGUGCGAUUGAGAGGAGACGCCACGCUCUGAUGCUCUUGGAAUCGUCAGCUUCGAUGGCUUCCUCACUCGAGAGAUCACUCGAGAUGGGAGCCAUUCAUUCCGAUGGACUUUCCGAUAAAGAAACUGCUUUGCGGAGAGUGCAAAGGACAAUCAAAACGCACAGGAGAACACAUUCGGGCGGUCAACCAAUCCAAAUGACCGUAGUCGAUGAGACGUCAACGGAGAGUGAAGAGAACGAAGAAGCAGUACAAUGU